AUGGCCACCAAACGAUCCAAGACCGACCCUACCGACGACGAGCUUGGUGAGCUCUUUGAGGGCAUCGGUGAUGACAUUGCCAUCAAGAAGUCAUCGACACCCAAGACCAAGCGAGCACCUGCUAAGCCCAAGAACGAUGCCGCCGACCGAGAUAUUCUGGCUGAGCUAGAGGACGAGCUUGUCUCGAAAGCUCCCGAAAGACCUCAUACCCCUCGCGUUCGCGAUAUCGCCGCCAAAGCUUCGCCAGCGAAGCGCACGUCGACCAACACACCACCUCCCGCUGCUGACACUGGCGCUCCCACACGAAAGUCGGUCGAGAGCACCGCGUCUCACCCGACUGGCACCUUUACACCCAGCGCGACAAGCUCCGAUCCGAACGAGUCCGAGAAGAAGCCUGCUGAGAAGCCACAACCAGCUGCAAGCACUGGCGGAAGCUGGUGGGGAGGCUUCUUGUCUACUGCCGCCUCGACUGCUGCUGCCGCUGUCAAGCAAGCCGAAGCCGCCGUCAAGGAGAUUCAGCAGAACGAGGAGGCCAAGAAAUGGGCCGACCAGGUUCGCGGUAACGUGGGCGCUUUGCGCGGCCUCGUCGGAGAAGAUCUCGUCCAUCGCGCCAUCCCGACGUUCACCAAUAUUCUUCAUACCCUCGCCCCGCCUAUUUCGUCGCACGAGCGGCUCCUCAUCCACAUAACCCACGACCUCGUCGGAUACCCCUCCCUCGAUCCUCUCAUCCACGGUGUCUUUAGUCGCGUCAUGUCCCAGGUCGAGGGCGGCGAUCUCCUGGUCAUCCAGCGAGGUCAAGAGUCAACAGCACGCAACUCGUCCGAGAAGCCUUCCUUCUUCGGUGGUUCAUCAACAGUCGGCUGGCGCGACGGACCGUGGUGGCGGCAGGUCGAGAUCCCUCGCGACUUGGGCAUCAUCAACGGUAUGGUCGAGGGAACCAAGCUCUGCCGGGCUAACGCAGAGGGCUAUGCCAACGAUUAUUUCGCCGCCCACGGCGGCAUUGAGGCGGCGCGCCAGCGAGCAAUGGAGCCCGCUCGCGAAAGCAACCCGGUUCGGACUUCGGACAUCUUCCUGUCGGUGCAGGCCAUUGGCGUGAAGGAGGACAAGGCGCUCUUUGGCGGGCUCGAUAAGACUGACGAUCUGGUCUGCUUCGCCGUCUACAUCUUCGAUCCCAUCCAUGAUAUUCAGUACUCGGCUGUCAGCCAGUCCAUUCCCGCCAAGUGGAUCCGCUGGCUAGACGCUGCCGCCGCGCCCCUUACCCCGGGCAGUGCUGACGAGGGUGAGGAGUUCGACUUUGAGCGCGUCCCGGAGGAGAUUCGCGACAUCGUCGAGAGCGGUAGUGUCGACCCCCGCGAGUGGGUCGCUGAGUGGGUGGAGGAGGCACUGAGCCUCUCUGUGGGUGUCAUCGCCCAGCGCUACGUUGCGCGCAGAAUGGGCGUUGGUGAGGGCAGCAUCGGUAAGGGAAAACAGAAGGUGGAGAUCAUCCUGGAGGAGGGUGGAAGUGAGGCUGCUCGGGCAGGCCUCAUCUGA